UUUUGUAAGAUUGGGCCAGUUGAACAUAACAUGUGGGUCUAUAUGGCGGCUAUGGGCCAAGCCGCUAUGACGGUUGGUAGUGGAAAAAACGGGAAGACGAAGACGUAGUUACAUCUACAUGGGAUUUGUUCAACACAUUGGGAUGUCUGUCAAAACUCAGUCACUACUAUUUGCUUAAUAAUUCAUAAUAUACUCUUAUCAAUUAUUAAAAUCCUUGAUCGACUGAGUUUAUAGCAUUGGAGAAGAGAAGAGAAAUCACAAGAUUCCUUUCAAGUGUUUUAGAAGGCAACCGAAACCGCAGAUGAUGUUGACACAAGUUUUGAUGGGGACGGAAGGAGGAGGCCAAUCUAUGUUGUCCACCAUCAAAAUCGCCGUCCUUCCCAUUGCAAAGGUGUUUACCAUGUGCUUCCUGGGAUUCCUUAUGGCCUCUAAGUAUGUCAAUAUCCUUCCUUCUAAUGGCCGCAAAUUGCUCAACGGGCUGGUUUUUACUCUGUUGCUCCCCUGUUUGAUAUUCUCCCAAUUAGGCCAAGCUAUUACUCUCCAGAAAGUGAUUGAAUGGUGGUUCAUCCCUUUCAAUGUUAUCCUCGCUACUAUUUCUGGCUCACUCAUCGGCCUACUCGUCGCCACCAUUGUCCGCCCUCCAUACCCCUACUUUAAGUUCACAAUUGUGCAUAUUGGAAUUGGAAAUAUUGGCAAUGUACCCCUUGUCUUGAUUGCUGCUUUGUGUAGAGAUAAGGCUAAUCCUUUUGGCGAUUCAGACAAGUGCAGUCAAGAUGGAACUGCCUAUAUUUCAUUUGGCCAGUGGGUUGGGGCAAUCGUCCUGUAUACAUAUGUAUUCCAAAUGCUGGCACCCCCUCCUGAAGGUACCUUUGAAGUUGAAGGCGGACAUCUUCCUAUCAAAAGUCAACAGCACAGUGGAAGUGAAACACCAGAACAAGCUCCUUUGCUUCCUAGAGAUCCAGGGCCAUUGACAUCACACGUGUCACAGAAAGGAAAGGUCAAGGAGUUCCUGUUGUUCAUAUAUGAUAAAUUAAAGCUCAAACAGCUCAUACAGCCUCCUAUUAUUGCUUCUGUGUUGGCAAUAGUAUUUGGCUGUGUGCCUUUCUUGAAGAAUUUAAUCUUUACAAGUGAUGCUCCUCUAUAUUUUUUCACUGACAGCUGCAUGAUUCUUGGGGAGGCUAUGAUUCCAUGCAUUUUGUUGGCAUUGGGAGGCAACCUUGUGGAUGGACCUGGAAGUUCAAAACUUGGUUUUAGGACAACUGCUGCUAUAGUUUUUGGGCGGUUGGUGUUGGUACCCCCAGCAGGGCUUGGCAUUGUGACUCUGGCUGAUAAGUUGGGCUUCCUUCCUGCUGGUGACAAGAUGUUCAAAUUCGUGCUUCUCCUUCAGCACACAAUGCCCACUUCUGUACUUUCAGGUGCUGUGGCGAACUUGAGAGGAUGUGGGAAGGAAUCAGCUGCAAUACUGUUCUGGGUUCAUAUAUUUGCAAUUAUUUCAAUGGCUGGAUGGAUUGUGCUAUACAUUCACUUACUCUUCUGAGAAUUCAAGAUGUCUUUCUUUGCCGAAUGCUAUCAUUUUUUGAGAUCAACUAAAUUGGAGAGUUGAGAUAAUAUAUGCCUUGUACAACUAAAUUUACAAGUCUAGUUGGAUCCAUCCGUGAUCGCUGGGAACAGCAAAUAGAGAAGACUUUGCUCAUUGUUCAGAUGAUGCUUGGCUGCUAAUGGUUUUGGAAAAGCAGCUUUGUACAUAUGAUGCUGGUUAUGCCUAUGUAUACUUUAGUUCAAUUACUUGUGGUUAUGUCAAUUAUGAUUAAAUCUUUUUGAAAUUCAUUAAUUUAUAUCUAUAUUCAGUAAAUUGAUUGAUU